GAGACAGGUGCCCAGCAGUCCAGGAAGCCAGCUGAAGCCCGCCCCAGCUCUAGGCCUCAUUGUUCCUGUGAGAACAUCAGCAUGUCUGAGCCACCCCGGGCUGAGACCUUUGUAUUCCUGGACCUAGAAGCCACUGGGCUCCCAAACAUGGAUCCUGAGAUUGCAGAGAUAUCCCUUUUUGCUGUUCACCGCUCUUCCCUGGAGAACCCAGAACGGGAUGAUUCUGGUUCCUUGGUGCUGCCCCGUGUUCUGGACAAGCUCACACUGUGCAUGUGCCCGGAGCGCCCCUUUACUGCCAAGGCCAGUGAGAUUACUGGUUUGAGCAGCGAAAGCCUGAUGCACUGCGGGAAGGCUGGUUUCAAUGGCGCUGUGGUAAGGACACUGCAGGGCUUCCUAAGCCGCCAGGAGGGCCCCAUCUGCCUUGUGGCCCACAAUGGCUUCGAUUAUGACUUCCCACUGCUGUGCACGGAGCUACAACGUCUGGGUGCCCAUCUGCCCCAAGACACUGUCUGCCUGGACACACUGCCUGCAUUGCGGGGCCUGGACCGUGCUCACAGCCACGGCACCAGGGCUCAAGGCCGCAAAAGCUACAGCCUGGCCAGUCUCUUCCACCGCUACUUCCAGGCUGAACCCAGUGCUGCCCAUUCAGCAGAAGGUGAUGUGCACACCCUGCUUCUGAUCUUCCUGCAUCGUGCUCCUGAGCUGCUCGCCUGGGCAGAUGAGCAGGCCCGCAGCUGGGCUCAUAUUGAGCCCAUGUACGUGCCACCUGAUGGUCCAAGCCUCGAAGCCUGAAUGCCAGUGCCAUCCAUUCAUCCAGGCUCUGAGCUACAUCUUUGCUCUCUGUAGCACCUUUGUGGCCUUCCUCAGCCCUGACCUACCUGGCCAUAGGAUCCUACAGCCUUCUCUGUACUCCACUAUCAGUUGGGCACCUUCUGGCCAGCCUGUGAGUUGCUCUUUCAGGGCUUCCAUCUUUCAUCCCAUUUCUCAAUAAAUAUCACCAACUAUUUACCAGCUGA